UUCAUCAUUCGCCAUGUCCAUCGCAUAAACUAUUUUAGGGACUCCGGCCAGAUUCCGGAUCCGCUCAGAGCCGUUGCAUCCGCGAUAAUACUCCAAAGCAGGGGGAGCAGUGCCCACUUCGAUCGCUCGGUGGUGCUCGGCUGCUCGCAGCCCCUCCGUGGCGGAUGUGUUGCGGCCGCCGGCCAAACCCUAUGGCAGGAAUCGCAGCAUCAAAUGCCUGACCGUCCCGCGGCUGUGUCGAUCCAGAUGCAUCAGGUCUUACGAUUUAGCACGUGUAUAAGUAGUCUGCCUCCAGACCGAUGGUGGGUGUUCUUCCACAUAAACCGAACCAUCACCAAAACUAUCCAUCUAGACCUUCUUCUCCUUUCCGCCUGUGAAGUUCCUGUCUCCUCAUCUCAAAGCACGCCCAUCACACCCUCUAUUUCCCGAACCACUCAGAACAACCCUUGGGAUUCAGGAUGCGUUACAUUCCCAUCAUCGCCGCCCUGGCCGCUCUGGCUACGGCCCAACAAACAACCUCCACCACCACCGCCGACACCGACACCGACACGGCCACCAGCACGGACACAGCCUCGUCCCUGUCCUCGCUCAUCUCGUCCCUCAGCUCGGCCGCCUCGUCAAACCUCGCCUCCAUCACGAGCAGCGUCUCGAGCGCCAUCAGCUCGGCCACCGCCACCUCGUCGGACAACACCGCCCAGACCAGCGCCGCGUCGGCGUCCGAGACCGAGACGGGCGCCGCUGCUACCACCACUGGAGGCGGCGGCGGUGGUGGUGGUGCUGGCGGGGGUGGUGGUACCAGCGGUGCCAUGAAGAGGGUUGCUAACGGGGUCGGUGUCGGCGCGGUCAUGCUUGCUGGGGGAGUGGUGGUUGCUGGUUAUUUGUGA